CGCUGUAGCUACACAGAAAAGAGAACCUCUCUUACACAUAUUUUAUUGUUGGUUAGAAAAUUACAGAAAAAUUAUAAUUGUUUCUUAAGAUGGCUGCUGCCCCUUUAUCAGUGGCUGCUCUAAUCUGCUUGAUUAGUGUAGCUAAGGCACAAGGAGGUGAAAAAGUAUACUCAGACAACAUCACUCGCAUUUUGGAUAGACUUUUGGAUGGCUAUGACAACAGACUGCGACCCGGUUCAGGAGGUGGUAUUACAGAGGUGAAGACAGACAUCUUUGUUACCAGUUUUGGGCCUGUUUCAGAUGUUGAGAUGGAAUACACCAUGGACAUGUUCUUCCGUCAGAUGUGGGUCGAUGAGCGGCUGAAGUUUGAGGGCCCCAUUGAAAUCUUACGUCUUAACAACCGCAUGGUGGACAAGAUUUGGACACCAGACACCUUUUUUAGAAAUUCAAAGAAGUCCAUUUCCCAUAAUAUGACCACGCCCAACAAGCUCUUCCGUAUAAUGCAGAAUGGGACUGUCCUCUACACUAUGAGACUAACAAUCAAUGCAGAGUGUCCAAUGAACCUCAUGGCUUUCCCCAUGGACGGCCACGCCUGUCCUCUCAGGUUUGGGAGCUAUGCGUACACCAACAGUGAAAUUAUUUUCACCUGGARGAAAGGAUUAGCAGGGUCUGUCGACUGUCCCAAAGAGUCAAUUAGUCUUCUGCAGUACGAUCUGGUUGGACAGAUCUUGUCCAGUGAGAUAAUGAGGUUAAACACAGGUCACUAUUCUGUGCAGGUGGUCCACUUCCUUCUCCAGAGAAAGCUCGGCUUCUACCUCAUACAGACCUAUAUCCCCCUCAUCAUGGUAGUCGUGCUGUCGCAGGUUUCCUUUUGGAUCAACAAAGAGUCUGUUCCAGCACGUACCGUCGCUGGCAUCACCACGGUGCUGACCAUGACCACCUUGAGCAUCAGUGCUCGGCAGUCUUUGCCCAAAGUGGCUUACGCUACAGCCAUGGACUGGUUCAUCGCUGUGUGCUUCGCCUUCGUGGCCUCCGCCCUCGUUGAGUUUGCAGCAGUGAACUACUUUGCCACCUUGCAGGCAAACCGCCUGAAGAAGCAGAGAGCCAGACAAGACCGGCUGGAGGUGCUGGCCGCUGGCAGUGACGAUGACGACACAAUAUCUACGGACAGCAGCCACCGAGAAGGCCUGAAGAGGAGAAACCACUCAGUGAGCUGCAGCGACGCCGGAGAUAUCCCCCCAGUGCCCAUUUUCCUCCAGCAGGGCUCGGCUUUUCCUCAAAUCCCUCAGCUUGCCGGAACAAGCCCGAUUGACCGCUACGCCCGCAUCCUCUUUCCCCUGACCUUUGCCCUUUUCAACUUAGGGUAUUGGUACAUAUAUCUGACCAAAGAAACCAUUGAGUCGGCAACGGAAAUGGAUCUGAAAAACUGAGAAGACAUUGAGGGAGGGGGAGCACACAUGCAGCCAGAGAGACCUUCGGGAUCCAUCCAUCCAUCCAUCCAUCCAUCCAUCCAUCCAUCCAUCCAUCCAUCCAUCCAUCCAUCCAUCCAUCCA